CAAACGCGCUGUGGGACGCGUCCACUGUACACGGGCUGUGCCUUUCAAUUCUGUCGAUGGACAAUGGGCAAUUGGCACCUCUGCAUUCUACCAAACCAAUGAUCUUUUUACCUGUCCAGGUUGCUAUUGCCUCAGACUCUUGACUGGAGCUUCUGAUACUCCAGUCUCACACAAUGCCGUGGGUUCCCUCAAGUUCUGCGCGGCAUCGCGCAUCUCAGCAAGCUUCUGGACUCCCUGUCGGCUUCGUCUCAAUCAGCGAUAUCCUUGAUGAAACUGUCCGGGCUGGAAAUUCAACAAAUGUUGUCGGGCUUGUGAAGGAUUGUAGACUGCCUAUACCCACCAGAGGCACUGACUACAAAACUGCUCUUGUAUUGUACGACCUCUCGACUCAAGAUAGCAAUGAGGGCAUACAUUUCAACAUCUUCUGCCCCCAAGAAGAAAUGCCAGAAGUCAAGCCAGGCGACGUUGUGAUGGUCUUCCAGGCCAAGGUUCAGAGAUUCAGGAGCAACCCACUGUCACUGAUCACCUCAUUCCGCACUUCUGUUCAUGUAUUCUCGGCUUCCCGGAUUAUGAAACCUCCAAGGUCCGCAAAGGCAGCCUUGUUACCGCCCAAAAAGAAGAACAGUAAUCGGGAGCCGAAUGAGAAAGAGUAUGAAUAUGUCUCGUACUUCUAUCACCAGAUCGACAAAUAUGGCGUUCCAGAUGAGGAACAGUUUCAGAUCAUGGCAAAGCAAUCCCUCAAUAUAAAGCAGAAGUUCAGCCUUCUCCAAGAUGUGCAGGAAGGGAAGUUUUGCGAUCUAUUUGUCCAAGUUGUACGCGACCCCUUUGACCUCGGAGACAAAAUCACCCUAUACGUGUCUGACUACACUGAGAAUGACUUGUUCUUCAACUACACCUGGGAAGGUGUUAGAGACCUCUCAUCCGGAGAGGGCUAUGCCUACGAAGAUAGCUCACAGCAGGCUUCGACAAAGAAGGAGUGGAUCGGCCCGUAUGGGAAGAAGGCAAUGCAGAUUACCUGCUACGAACCCCAUGCCAGCUACAUCCGCCACGAGGCCAAGGCUGGUUCAUGGCUUGGCCUACAAAACGUCCAGGUAAAACUCGGCCGCGACGGUCGCAACCUGGAGGGCUUCAUGCGCGAGGACCGGAGCGCCUUCGGGGACUCCGGUGCCAAGAUCAACGCGCACGUCCUGGACACAACCGAUCGUGACACAAUAGAUCCUCGCCUCAAGGACGCCAUCCGCCGCUGGCGGGACUAUACUAGGGUUAAAAAGGCCGACCUAAAAAGGCUCGAGUCGACCGAGCUCAAACGAAAAUCCGAAGAACCAGAGAAGAAGAGAUUGAAUGCCAAACAACGGCGGAAGCGGCGGCGGGAGGAAGUCGAGAAGAAGGUGGACGAGCAAGCAUCUAAGGAAGAGCAAUCACUGGGCCUAAACCAGCUCAUAAGCUCGGAGAGUGUUGAGAAACCGACCUGCGCCAUCGAAUCCAUCCUCGAGCCAGCAUUCUACGAGACUCUGAUUAAUGGCGAGCCCAAGAGCCUGCUCUUGCCGUUCACCUGCAGCAAGUACAGGGCAAAUACCCGCGUGGUCGAUUUCCGGCCGAAUUGUUUGGAGGACUUCGCCUGCGUUCGGAAACAAACGGCUUUCGACGUCCUGUCAGACCACAGCGGCGACUCGGAUUCAGGAGAAGAAGAAGACGACGACGACGGCAUGGGGAUGGGAAAGCUCGUAUGGGAAUGGCGCUUCAUGCUCCAGCUAGAGGACGCGUCGGCAAAGGACAAAGCCCGCAACAGAAUAUGGGUCGUGGUCGACAACGCCGAGGCUCAAUACCUCACGGGUCUGGACGCCAGCAACCUACGUCAAGACCCCGAGACCCUCGCGAAGCUCCGCGAAAGGCUCUUCGCCCUCUGGGGCGACCUCGAGGAGCACAAGGCCAGCAAGGCGGCCGAGCAAGCGGCGACGAGGCGGCGCAAGCCCGGCGACAUGCCCCCGAUGGAGAGCUCGGACGCCGAGGACGAUGGGCCGCGCCGCGGCCGGGGUGAAAGAGGAGGCGAGGCGGCGGCGGCUGUCUCCAACAAGCCCUUCACAUGCUGCAUCAAGCAGUAUGGCGUCAGCAUCAGGGAGGACGAUCCCGCUCUGGCGAGUGCCGGUAACGGGAGGAGGUGGGAGAGGGUCUUCGGGCUGUUCGGGACGAAGAUUUGCUGUUGAGACGCGGGCAUGGGCGUCGCAAUACUUGAGUUUCGAAGAACUACUGAUGAUUCAUGUGUUUUUGCUCAUCAAGAUGGUCGGUAUUGCCAAGCUGGCGUCCAAUCGAGGGAUGCAGGGGAUAGAAGGGAGGUUCAUGGAUUGCACAUUAAUAGGAGCGAGCUUAUACCCCGACGUCAAUAGACGCUAUGUACUGUUAUGUUUGCUUGUAGGGGCGUUCUGAAUCGCCAAUCCAUUGCACCUUUGAUAUUCCUACACCAGCCGGAGAAUAU